AUGAAGAGAACAGCUGCUGACUUUUUAAAACUACUAUCUAAGGUAAACAAGGAUGUAGUCAAUACUGAAAUCGAGACAGAACACAAACAAGAAGAAAAGAAAGAAGAAAAAAUCGAAAUUCAGCAACAUGAUGUUGAUAUUUACCAAAACUUACCACAAAUAGAGCUUUCAGGAGCACCGAUAGAAUUCAACGAGUGGUUCAAUGAAAUGGAGCAUGAUUUUUCAAAGCCAAAACCAGAAGCUCAAAUGUAUAAUUCUCCUUAUGGAAUUUUACGCACAACACUUCCUAAAUUACCAAAAGGACCGAUCAAACUCAACCCAUUACUCGCAAAUACAAAGCAAUGCAAGAAAAUUAUGGACAAAAUUAUUGCAAAUCCAAUUUUUGACUACGAAGACUUCCUUUACACAACGAAACCAGAGGACACAAUUGACGAAGUCCGUAAAAUUACCGCACUUCACGUCUUAAAUCAUGUCAUUAAUGACUUUGAUGCAAAAAAGAAUCGUCCUACAGGUUCUCUUAAGCGCGAUAGUGGUUUUACACCAACAGUUGUACUUAUUAUUGCCAGCUCCAAGUUACAAGCCUACAAAUUCGUAAGCGAUCUUCUUGAAUUUGUUCCAGAAGAUAUUUUGAUCGAGCAUGAAGAUCGUUUCCGCCUUGAGUAUGGUGCAGAAGUUCCAAAUGGUGUUAUCCAAAGCCAUCCGAAAGACUGGCUUGCAUAUUUUGGUGGUAAUAACGAACAAGAUUUCAAAACCGCGAUUAGAUUCUUUGGCGACAAGAUUUCCUUAUGCCAACAGAUGAGCAAGUCCCAGAUUGUCAUUGCUUCUCCCGUCGGCAUCAUGCUACACAAAGAUACAUCGUUCCUUUCUUCGAUUGAAAUUCUUGUCCUCGAUACACUCGACUUUCUCGAGGUCCAGAACAGCCAGAGAUUGUCGGAAUGCAUCAAGACAAUCAACCAGAAACCAAUGACAGUCGAAGAAACAGACUGGAGCCGUCUGAGGACAUAUUUUUCGGAUAAAAAUCAUCCGAAAAUGCGUCAAAACAUUGGUUACGCGACUGUUAUGACUCCGGAGAUGAUUUCCUUGUUCUCGUCAUUCGAAAACAUAAGAGGAAGUAACAUCGUCAAACAGAGUUUCACUAAAUCCCUCUUUAACCCUGGUGUCGAACAAGUUUUCAGAAGAAUUCCGGCUCCAAAUAUCGUUUCAACCGCCGACCAAAAUUUCAAAAUUUUCCAGUUGAGAAUUUUGCCGCAGAUCAAGGCAUGGAGAGCUGCUAGCGAUAAGCCUGGAAGGACAAUCAUAUUCUUCGCUAGUUCCAUGCUGUUCUACAGAGCAAGAAAGCUUUUGGACGACAGCGGCGUAAUCUUCUUGGAAUUAGCGGAUGAAGCAACUAAAAAGGACUCAAUUAAGAUGAGAAAGGCAUAUACAGAAGAUCCUAAUGCUGUUAUGCUCAUUACUGAAAGAUAUUACUUCCAUUUCAGACCAAAAUUCUUGGAUACAGGAAGAAUUAUCUUCUACGGAGCACCAACAUAUCCUCAGUUUGUUUCUGAACUUGCAAAGGAUAUCCCUGUGUUCUUGUAUUUCAAUGAAUAUGAUGAUCUUGCUCUUGAAAGAUUAUGUGGCGGUGAAAUGGCAAUGAGACUCGUCAAAGAUGAGGUUUAUUUGAUUUAA